AUCACAGGGAGAUGGCACAUCGUCGCUCUGGCCACCGACUCCGAGGGCUACCUCAGCCAGAAGGACAAGCUGAAGAUGGCCAUGGCCGCACUCACGGUCCAAGGGGAGGGCGACCUGAAGGUCUCCUUUGCAAUCCCCACCCUGGCAGGAUGUAAGAGAAUGGAGCGGGUCUACAAGCAAACAGGCAUCCCGGGUGAAUACUACAGCCCUGAGAGAGGCAACAGAACGGCGCAGGUGGUGGACACCGACGGCAAGACAUAUGCCGUUAUCUUUGCCUCCAGAGUGAAGGAUGGGAAGACCUUGCACAUGCUGAGGCUCUACAGCAGAACGCGGGAGGUGAGCCCCAAAAUCACAGAUCUGUUCAAGAAGAUUGCGAAGGAGAAGAGCUUCACCGAUGAGAUGAUCGUGAUACUGCCCAGCCAGGAGGAAUGCAGCCUUGAUGAAGCGUAG